AAUUCUCUUUGGUUUGUUUACAAAAUGCAAAUUCUAGGGAGGGCAGUUGUCAGUUGAGCACCGAUUCUACUGUUAAUUAAUAAUAAAAUUAGACAGAUAUCUGGAAUUUGCUUGCAUUUGUUUUCGAUUGUAAAUAUAAAUUACGACAUGUCGGCGGCUAAUGCGGCGCCCAUAACUGCCACAGAUAGUUUAUCGCAAGCGCUUAAAGCCAACAUUAUACCGAAUCAGGAAUACUUACUUCAGGGCUCUGUUCUUGAUUCAGCAGUUGAAGUUCUGUUGCAUCGCCUUAGGGGGCUCUGUGAUAAUGUUGAUGCGGGACCGGAGACAUUUGAUGAUCAAGAAGUAUGCUUCAGUUUGCGGGAUCCAAACCAACAAGCAGCACCCCUUAUGCUUCGAGUGAGAAAGGCUCUGGAUGCUAGAGAUAUGCCCUACCAGUUAAGAUACAUAGGUCAGCCAGACUUGGGUGAUAAAAAUAGACCCACUGUUGUACGCUCCAGCUUAGAUAUAGCGUGCAGUGGGAUGCUGUUGGAUUUCCUGAAUGAGCUUGGAUGUAGAAUUGAAUUUGAAUACAGUGUUAAAGGUUAUAUGUUCAGGAAAGGACGUAUGAAGAUCACAGUAGCAAAAGUGUUCAAGAUCUCACAGAGCUCACUUCCGCCAGAACCAAUAUCUCAGAGCUAUCUUGUUGAAUUAUCUGUGUUAGCACCCCAAGGUCAGGAUGCGAUAGGUGAAGAUAUGCGCGCCUUCGCUGAUCAGCUCAGACCUCUCGUUCAACUGGACAAAAUUGACUACAAGAGACUUGGACACUUACAGGCGUAGCCAAUGCUUCGGCAGGAGAAAUAUGUACAAUAUAUUUUUUUAAUACUCAUAACAUUCUUGAGUAUUAAGUAGAUACCGUAUAAAUAAAGACGGACAUUUUAACCGUUAUUUCAAAAUCUUAUAAAACCAAAAAAUAAUUGGUUUAUCGGUUACCAUUACUGAACAAAUUUUGGAGAGAAAACAUAUAAAAUUAUCCCACGACAGUAAAAGCAAAUCCAUUGACAAUUUCAAUUUUUAAUUUAAUUACAUCAUUUUAAUUAUACUGGUACCGAGUAGUUUCGGACCAAUCGGAGGUCAUGAGUUCGCGGUCGCGCCCAUUCUUGCACUGUGUGCUUCAGCUCGAAAUGCGCGGCCUGACUUAUGCGCCGGCGGUGAGUUAUACAUUGUUGAUAAUGUCUCACGAAAGUUUUAAUAAUUUAUUUCAUAUUUGAACUUGAAAUAGAUCAAUGGAAUCCAAUAAAUAUCUUAUACUUACUUCGGAUUUUUUCGAUUUUCUUAUAAGUGAGAUUUUGGCAUAAACAAAGAUUACGUGAAGUGAAAGCUAUGAAUGAAUAAAGUGUUUUUUAAUAAUGCAUUAAAUAAAAUAAAAAUUUGUAAAUCA